CGCAAGGCUAGCCGGACGCACUGCGCAAGUGUCUGACAAGGUCUGAGUGGCUGGCUUUCGCUAUGUCACCCUAUCAUAUCCCCCGUCAGACCCCUAAUGGGUUCAGCUUCACGGUAGCCUCAUGAACUUCGCCCAUCCUUAAAAUAAGCACUUGGUGUCGGGCUCAUUUUAACUGCACAUUUAUUUAUCUACAACAUGUUUCCCGUUCAGGUCAUUUUGUUCUCACGAUAAUAUUCUAGUCACUAAUCUUUCUCUUGUCCUGCGACCUCAAGCUCCACUGAUCUUGCUGAAUACGGUUCUUGUGCGCCAAUAGCCAGCCAUCACUCACUUGAUUCGCACGUUGGCUUCCUGAAACAAGAAUCAGUUCAAAAUGCGGUCGACCGUUCUCGCAGUCCUGGCGUCAGCCGCAAUUGUUUCUGCCGGUGGUUGUGCGCAGAACAGUAUUGAGGACCUUGUUGCAGAAACUUCAUGUGGUUCUGUCAACGCCAUUACGGCAUGUCUCGGGACAGCAGAUCUACAACGUCUGGACGAGAUCGAACGAUGCUACACCUCGAAUGGAUGCUCGGCUGGGGAAGCGACUGUUGAGGCUGUUUGGUUUGCGAAAGAUUGUCAACCAUUGCAGAUUGAGAAUGGCAGAGGGGACCUGAAAAGGAGAGCAGAUUCGACGGACAGUGGAAGUACUACUUCAGAAAAGACAACCGCGAAAUCCACCGACAAGUCUACAACUGCCAAAAGUACAACGGCACCGUCAAGUACAACUGCCUCAACGACAGUCGAUUCUACCACUUCAUCAGACUCAUCUACAACAAGCUCAGCGACCACGGCUUCAUCAACGACCUCAUCUACGACAUCGUCCAGCUCGCAGUCGACUACAGGAACUAGCAGCACCACUUCUGGGAGCACAACAGGCUCCUUAGUCUGCUCGAUCACCUCCACAAUAUCGACCAAAGUCUGCCAGACCACAUCAGGAACAUCAACGUGUAGCUCGACAACAGUAGAGUCUGCUUCGUGCGCUCCAGGACUGAUUUGCUUUUCCGCCACGGCUAGUGCAAAUUCAGCGCUAUGCAUGAAGAGAGAUAAUACCCUCACUACGUCCGGCUUGAUCGUCACAAUCGUUUUCGGCCUCGCAAUCGGUGUAGCUAUAAUCGCAUUCAUCGUCAUGGGAGUUCGCAACAGCAAGAAAGUCAAGCAACAAGAAUAUGCCCACCAAAUGGCAGCAGCGAGCACCAAAGGCGCAGAUGUCGAAUCACAAUCCUUUGCGAACGCGAAUCGAUCCGAAGCCGCUCUUCCUCUCAUCACACCAGGUGGAACGAGAAGUGACCAAUAUCAACCGCAACAAGAUUAUUUUGGACAAUCUUCUGGAGGAGGAAAUUCUGUGACUCCACCAGCGGGCAGAGGGAAUGCGCCACAAUUACAUCAAGGAUUGGGAGCUUUGGGACAAGAAACUAGAUAUUAGGGAAUGAAGGAACAAGGCGUUUUUGGUGUUUGGAUGACGGGGUUUUGGCGUCAUACCCAUUUUGUGUUUAAUCAUUGUGUUUGCGAUAUUGAGCGUUGCAAGCUACAAAACUUGAGAUAUUUUCACUUCUGCAAGCCUUCCUGAACCCAUACAAGCAUUUCUUGUCAUUUGUGA